GGCGCGGCAUUCAGUCGAUUCAAUCCAUCGUACCGAAACGACACGCAUGUCUGUUCGUGUCUUUAAAAUUUUCUCAUAUAUAUUCAAUUCAAUAUAAACAUUAAUAUAAGCGAACAGUUUCGUUAAGAGUGUAUAGAAAAUGAUAACAUUUCAAAGUUUCCCUCGGUUGUGAAAAUAAGAAUCGUUCGGUACAUUGACACCUAUCAGACAAGAGUAGACUUUCGGCAAUGAAUUUAGUCGUGUACCUGUUGUGAUACGUUUUAAUUCCUUAAGAUUUUCACUUGCAGUCGGAAACGGCUUACGUAGACGAGUAGCGGUAAAUCGUCGGUUCGCGCCGCACGCGACUUAUUGCGUCGGUUAAGUUAAAACGUCGGGUUUUGAAGUGAUUUUUGUCGAAACAGGGAACAUAGAACGCUUAGUCGGUUACCGUUAGCGUGUAUUAGUAUGCAUAGGUGAGGCUACUGCGACUGGGUUUGUGCGUACUGGAUGGACUGGUGAAGGGAGAAGGUGGGUCGUGUUACUCUGUGGUUGCGUGGUGUAUGGCGCUAUGAUCAGCGGGGGCUGGGUGUGCGCCCUGCACGUGCGGACGGCGGGCCUCGCCGGCGCAGCUUUGGGUUCGGAUGAAGAGGAGAUCGUCUACUUGGCAUAUGUUGUUAUAGAUGUUCUCACUAACCAGGUUAUAGGACAACGUGAAUAUGCAGUGCGACCAACAAGACGGCCGUCGGAAGAACUGCAGACAGGACAGCCUUUAGAAAUAGUUGUGCAACAGUUCGAUGAAUUCAUUCGAUCAUUACAAGUUGAUCCACACUCGCCAUUAUUCAGGCUAGUUACGGACGGACAACCUCCUCUCAGACAAUGCCUUCAUCCUGAAGCAUGCAGUAAAGAGAUCAAUUUGCCGACAUACUACGCGCGCUUCCAUGAUUUACGCAAGGAGUAUGUGCGGGCGUACACGCUGCGGGCUGUGGCGCCGCGCACACAAGCACCCCCGCCCCCGCCGCCCGACCACCCCGCCACCCUGCAAGAUAUGCUCGAAUAUUUAGGUAUAACUCCCUACACUGGUGAAAAUUUCUACGCCGGAGAAGCAACGGACAUGGCCAGCGUGAUACAAAGGAUAAUCUCUGAUGGCUUUCGGUUGGAACUCCCUGAAACAAUCGACUUAAUUUUAGAAACUGGAAUUUGCUCAAAAGACGAUGAAAUAGACGGCAACUGUAUAGUACGCGCUCGUGGACUACCUUGGCAAUCAUCAGACCAAGACAUCGCUAAAUUCUUCAGAGGGCUAAAUGUCGCCAAGGGUGGCGUAGCGCUUUGCCUUUCACCGCAAGGCAGACGUAACGGCGAAGCGCUGGUGCGCUUUGUGUCACAAGAGCACAGGGACAUGGCUCUCAAACGUCAUAAACACCACAUCGGUCCGCGGUACAUCGAGGUGUACCGUGCCAGUGGAGAGGACUUCCUGUCAGUGGCGGGGGGCGCCACGUGUGAGGCAGCCGCCUUCCUAUCUCGUGGCGCUCAAGUUAUCGUGCGCAUGCGUGGCUUGCCCUACGACGCUACACCGCAGCAAGUUCUGGAUUUCUUCUCAUCUGGUGACGAUCCAGUUCAAGUGCUGGAUGGUUUAGAAGGCGUGUUGUUUGUCCGGCGGCCGGACGGUAGAGCUACAGGCGAUGCGUUCGUCUUGUUCCCUAAAGAGGAGGACGCGCCUAAAGCUCUCUCCAGACAUCGAAAGCUCAUCGGCGCGAGAUAUAUAGAACUGUUCAGAUCUACCACUGCUGAAGUACAACAGGUACUAAACCGUUCCCUGGAGACACGCACGAGCACCGCCAGCACGCCGUCUACCGCCAGCGCGCCCGCUGAAGGUCUCCUGCCCGUGACCCUGGUGCCGCAGCAUGUCAUCACCUCGGGCACCGCUAAAGACUGCGUCAGGCUCAGGGGACUGCCGUAUGAGGCACAGGUGGAGCAUAUAUUGACAUUUUUGGAUGAGUUCGCGAAAAACAUCGUAGUACAGGGCGUCCACAUGGUUUAUAAUGCACAGGUAAGCAAGAUUUCUUUAAACGUCCAACUAAACUACCGCACAACUGUUUAG